UUCGUCAUCGUCGUCGCUGGAUCCCAAACAUAAAAAUCCCAAAACCGUCGGCGUCCUCAUCGUCACUCCCGACGAUCUUCGACGAUGGACGAAGACAAGGACCAAGUCCCCUCCUCCUCCUCCUCCUCCAUCUCCCUCCCCUCAAACCCUAACCCUAACCCUAAAACCCCCAAACCCCCACCAAAACGCUUCAUCAAAUCCCAAAUCCCCACCUCCCUCCUCCAAAACCCCAGCCUCAACUCCGCCAUCUCCCUCCUCCCCUCCAACUACUCCUUCGAGAUCCACAAAACCCUCCACCGCAUCGACUCCUCGUCCUCGUCCCUGAUCGCCCUCCAGUUCCCCGACGGCCUCCUCAUGUACUCCCUCCCCAUCGCCGACAUCAUCCGCUCCUUCUCCUCCUCCUCCGCCGACGUCGUCCGUCCUCGCCGGAAGCCCAACUACGGCUGCUGCUGCGUCGACCGACUACGCCGCCCGCCGCCCUCGGCUGCGACCUCCUCGUUCCACUACGGCCACUCGUCGUCUCGUCCCGUAACCUCCUCAAAGAUCCCGACUUUGUACGUUUUCGUCGAAAUCAAAAUCGACCCGGAUCGGUUAAUCGAAUCGAUCGAGUCCAAUUUCCCCAAAUCGAGCUCGCUGGCGAUUGCGGGGACCGUUCAGUUCAUCGCCGCAGUUCACGCGGCGAAGUCUGUUUUGAGUGAGGAAGGCUAUGACGUUACUGUACCCCAGGCGAAGCCGCUCUCGGCUGGCGAGGUGCUCGGAUGCACGGCUCCGACGAUACCGAAGAGUAAAGGGGUUGACGCUUUGAUAUUCGUGGCGGACGGAAGAUUCCAUCUUGAAGCCUUCAUGAUUGCGAACCCUGGAGUUCCGGCUUUUCGGUAUGACCCGUUUCUGGGUGUGUUGGUCUUGGAGGAGUAUGAUCACAAGGGGAUGAAGAGGGUGAGGAAAGAUGCGAUUUUUAGGGCGAGGGAGGCGAAGAAUUGGGGGGUUAUAUUGGGGACACUGGGGAGGCAAGGGAGCACUAGGGUUUUAGACAGGGUUUUGGGGUUGAUGGAUGAUAAGGGAUUGGAUUAUACGGUGGUUUUGAUGUCGGAGAUUUCUCCGGCGAGGGUGGAGCUGUUUGAGGAUUCGGUGGAUGCUUGGGUUCAGAUUGCUUGCCCCAGGCUUUCGAUUGAUUGGGGCGAGGGGUUCAAGAGACCGUUGUUGACGACAUUUGAGUUUGAGAUCGCGAUGGGGUUCGUUAAGGGUUGGUGGGAGAGGGAGAAGAGUUCAGGGGGUUGCGGUUCUUGUAGUUGUAAUGGUUGCGGUUCUUGUGAUGGUGGUGAUAUUGGAGGGGAGUAUCCAAUGGAUUAUUAUGCUCAGGAUGGAGGCGAUUGGAAUGGAUCUUAUGUGAAGAAGAAGGUGACUUCUAAUGGAGUGAAGCUUCAUAGUAUUAGAGGAGGGAGAGAUGUGCAGAGAGAAGUGAUAUCAUGAAAAAGAUGGAGGGAGUUCCAGUUAGCUUCCUUUUCCCGCUAAUUUUUGACCUGAUUUUCAUUUCUCUUCAAGUUUCUAUAUGUCAUGAUCAAAGAUCCUGGGAGGGAUAUCUAUAGAAGACAUUCGAAAAGUUUGAUUUGUGUUUAAGAUGGAUACAAUGCAUGUAUCCUGGUUCUUAUCAAUGUCCGGAACGUAAUUUAUCUAGCAACUAUUCUGAGAAACACCCACCAUGUAAUUUAUUAUUAUUGCUAAUUUCUAAAGUUGUUAAUUUUCGUUGA